UCGUGGCAUACCGCUGUCCCAGGUAUCUCUCGAUUCGGAGCCUUUGCAACGCUGCUAUCAACAGAUAUAUCACGUUUUCAGAGAGCUGCUUUUCACACAAAGCGGUUUAACGUUCACAAAACGCGGAAGGCGACUCUAGCGCCGCCUGCAACUUUAGCGCAGAAACUAUCGCGUGGUCUUUUCUUUUUUUUCUUUUUCUCUUGCUCUCCUGUGUCUCCGGCGGCCUCUCCGGUUCUCCCGGCCUCGGCAAUCUCGCCUUGCGGUGGCGUGUGUGUAAGCUCUGCGCUCCCGCCGCGUCAACGUGCUAGUACCGCUGGAAGAUGCUUGCCCGGUCUCUUCGAAUCAUCAGAACCAACGUGCGGUACUCUUGGAGCGCUGCCGAUCAGCCUAAGAAAGAUGCCGAGAAAGCAAGGUCUACAUUUAUGUUCAAUGAGCUUGAAGUGGAGCUCGUGCCAGCUGCCAACAGGAAACCAAAGCCCGACCCCUCGAAGCUGCUAUUCGGCAAAGACAUGAGUGACCACAUGUUUACGGUGAGGUGGACCAGUGCUGAAGGCUGGGGCAAGCCGAAAAUAUCACCUCUGCGCAAUCUGGAACUUCAUCCUGCAGCCAAGGUUCUUCAUUAUGCUCAAGAGCUGUUCGAAGGCUUGAAAGCGUACCGUGGCCAGGACGACAAGAUUCGACUGUUCAGGCCAGAUAUGAACGUGCGACGACUUCUAAACUCCGCUGCGAGACUCGACUUUCCCAAAUUCGAUGCAGACGAGUUCUUGAAAUGUCUUUCAAGGCUUGUGUCCAUUGAAAAAGAGUGGGUUCCCAACUACCCCAUGAGUUCCCUCUACAUCAGGCCAACACUGAUAGGCAUUGAGCCCACACUGGGGGUGGCACGAUCCAAUGAAGCUCUUUUCUUCGUCAUCUUGAGCCCCGUUGGUCCCUACUUCCGUACGGGCAUCAAGCCGGUGUCCCUGCUCGCCGACCCCAAGUAUGUCAGAGCAUGGCCUGGAGGCACUGGUGACAAGAAGCUUGGCUGCAACUAUGCACCAACACUUAUGGUGCAGAACGAAGCUGAGAAACUGGGUCUUCAGCAAGUCCUCUGGCUUUUCGGAGAGGAUGAGCAGGUCACUGAAGUGGGUGCCAUGAACGUCAUGGUGCUUCUCAAGAACAAGGAUGGAGGCACUGAGCUGGUGACGCCGCCGCUGUCUGGAAUCAUUUUGCCUGGUGUCACACGCCAGAGUGUUCUUGACCUCACAAGAGAAUGGAAUGAAUUCAAGGUCUCUGAGCGUAAAAUUACCAUGGCAGAAAUAAGGGAGGCCAUUAACGAAAACAGGUUGCUGGAGAUGUUUGGCUGUGGGACAGCCUGCGUCAUCUGCCCGAUAGAGCGGCUGUACCAUAGAGGCGAGAACCUGCACAUUCCCACCAUGGAGCAGAGCAGCCCACUGGCCAGCCGAGUGCUGAAGGCCAUCACAGACAUUCAGUACGGAGUCGUGCCACACAGCUGGGGCAUAGAAAUCGAGUGACCUAGGGCAUCAAAUUGAACAGUGCAAGCCGUGGUUACAUACUUUCUCGGAUAAAGUUUCCCACUGGAACGUUUCCCACUGGAACUAUUGGAUGCGUUAGCUAUAAGGGAGCAGACUGGAGACAGUGGAUGGCUUCUGAAGAGACACCCUUCUCAUGUUUCUGUUUUUUUAUAGAUAUUGUCGCGAAGCACUUUGGGCAGCAAGCGUUCGCGACUAGGACGUUGGAGCAGCGAGAGGUAGUGUAGCUGACCGAGCACCGAAACAAGGUUGUUCUUUUUCGUCGUCGUUGUCUCUCUCCUAGCCACAGCCCCACUGCUCCCUAUUUUACAGUACAAUAUAUAUAUGUGUGUGUGUAAUUUUAUUUCUUGUUCUUAUAUUUCCUGUGUUUAUGGUCACUGUUGUACCACAUCUGCGCUCCUCAUGUCUGUUUUGUGGACUCAGCUGACAACAAAAAAGACAUUUCUUGAAAUUACUUAUAGUGUGAAAACAAAACCAAGUGAGAGGUUGUGUCUUGCACAGGCAAAUUGUGAGUAUCAUUGAAUGUGUUGUUCAGUGCUUAUUGGAACACUGUAAUGGUGUUACGAAUGGCUUGUGCCAAAAGAAAAAAGAAUAUUUUCAGUUUUUCCGUUUUCACAGGCGUCGGCGCCUUAUGUGACAGAUGCGUAAUGAUCCCGAGUUUCAUCUCGUGAAAUUUAUGUGUGCAAUGUAUUGUGCUUUCCAAUUCUUGGAGAAUCGCUUUUAAUAGCUCUUCUCUCCUCUUGUACGGCAAAUCGUAUGCAUAACGUGAGGCUGUAAUGGCAAGCGAAUAAUCUCGUUUUAGUGCUUUUUAGUAAAUUCCGAAGUUGCACAUUUUUUACGCAUGCAUGCUGUCAUGCUUUCACAUGCUGCUGGUUUGUGGCAGUCAACUAAGUGCCACGAUUCGUAUUUUGUAUUUUUGUUUUGUUUGUUUUAAGAUGAAGUCAUGAUUAAUUGCAAGUACUUUAUUAAACCCACUGAUUUGUUCUCAAUGUUGGACCAUCAAAUGGUUUUCAUGGUUAAAUUUUGGUUGGAAGCAACCAACUAUGUAGAAUUAAAGCAAUAAUCUAUAAAUUGUGCUGUUGCUGCUAGUUUAGGGUUGAAUUUGCGUAUAUUAUGUACAUUUUAUAAGGUGCAUUUUUUGGCAACUUGUGUUAUAUUCGUGACAGUAUACUGUACAUUAGAUGAUCUUUCCUUGUGCUUGUGUUGAUUUCUACAGAAACGCAGCCCCUGUUUUAAUCACCAUGCUUGUAAUGUGCUUCCAUGAGUGAGCAGGACCAAGCAUCUUCCAGCAUUUCUCAACUCUUGCACAUAGCACAUGUUAAUGUCACUGGUAGCAAUGCCUGUGAUAAUGCUCCUGCUCCUGAAUAUAAGGUGUGGUCUAGUCAGGAAAACAAUGGUUGUAACGACUUCAAUACUUUUGUGCAGAUGCAUGCACUUCCCUUCUUCUCUUCAUGUCCUCUCCAGAGAUUAUCUACAUCUGCAUGCUUUGUAAGUGCACUAUAUAAAGCAUGAAUAUUUUAGGUAUGAGGAAACUUAAGCUUUUUUUGUUUUUUUCUAAGAGGUGAUAAAUGCACAUCAACAACUGCUUUAGCUACAAGUAGAAGUGCAUUUCUCUUAAGGCCAAUCUCCAUGGAGCGAAUAAGCAACAAAUUUUCUAUGUCUGUCACCCGACGUCCAAAAACUGGCUACCCAGCGAACGCCGGCAUUGGAAUCGGUCGCGCACGCUGGAGAGCUUGGACCAAUGAGAUCAUAGCAGAGCUGUUCGCUUCCGUUGGUCGCCCAGGUCGAGCUCAUCUGGUCACAAUGACUCCUCGUGGGCUGGGAUGGUGGCACGAUUGGCAGCGUUCACCCACUCUUGCUUCCUUGUAGUGUGGGGUUAUGAAUACACUGCAGCACUUCAUGCUGAAAUUUUUGCCAUGCAAAAUUCGUCACGAAAGUUCGCGUGUCCAGUUUUCUGGCAUUUUCGUAAGGUAACAAGCCCAACAAGCCACUCUUAUGGCCUUUAAAUGUUCAUCGCUUUUCUUUUUUCUUUCUUUCUUUCUUUCUUUCUUUCUUUCUUUUUUUGCACUUUCCAUUCUGGAGAAAUUGUGGAGGAUCAGAGUGCAGACAGGUAUAAUAGGAUGUGUGUGUGGGUUUUUUUUUUUUUUUAAGCAGGAAGGUAUCUUAUACUAAUCUCUUUGAGCAAAAUGCAGAAUGAGGUGGAAUUAAUUGCCACACCGAGUGGUAAUGGAAAACAAACAUCUAUGCUUCCGGCAGUUAAGGUGGCUCGGUGUCGUGUCACAUUUAUUUGUUCAUACUCGCAUAAUUUGUUUCAACCAUUAAAAUUAUUAGUGAGAGCUAAUCGUGCUUUCAUAGAACCUCUUGCCAUAAAAGAUGGGCAACCUUCAGGACGACACCAUCGUGAAGAAAGCAAUGUGGCUCGAUUCCCCUCCACCAUCUCCAUUGCUGCUGCUACGGCGUGCGCCACCUCCAAACAAGGGAGCCUCAUUCUGUCUUGUCGGUACACCAUAAUUGAGUGUCUUCUUGUGUCUAGCUGCCUGUGCAGUCAACUUGUUGCGAGCGAUCAGUAAUCGGCAAGAACUGCACUUCCUGGAUUUAGUAGCAAUGUGCUUGGUGUUGAAAACUGCACAUCAUGGAGUAAGACAUGCAAGAUUGUUAGCUCCGCCGUCUUGCAGCUCAUUUGGUAAAUUACCGAGACUAUCGGGCAGUCACUUGCGACUGUGCUGAUGCGUCUUCAUGACCGGUUGCUUUCGAAGCAGACAGUCGUGGAAGGCCGAACUAUACAGUCGUCCCACCACAAGGCACUCAAGGCACUAGCUUAAGUUAUUGUGUUCAAGUGGCCUGUUAUAUGGACUCUCGUUCUCACAGAAGUCCCCAAGCUCCUCUAUUUAAUUUUCUUGUCUUUGCUUUUUCUCUGCUCAUCUUUCAGUCUUUCAUUUCCCCUUACCCUUCCCCCGGUGCAGAAUAGCAAAUCAGUCUUCUUGGGUAACCUUCCUGCCUUUCCCACCCUGUUUAUCUCUCUAUCUCUUUACUGAGACUGUCACAGAAUGUGCCUAGCUUACCACAUUUCUUCAUUGAUCUGACCCUAUUCAUUGGACUUUUGUGGUGCACUGUCUUCCUUACCCUCUAUACUAGCCAUUAACAUUACAUUUGCACCUCGCCAUGUGGUCGUGUGAUAAGUGCAUUGACAGCAGCGGCAAGGAUAAAAGGUGCCUAAAACAUUGUGCCAGCAGGGUAGCGCUUUUGUCAUCAUGCUAGGUGGAGUACAUUCGCAGGCAUGCUCUCACCAGGAACCUGAUUUUGCCAGGUCUACAGCAUCGGCCCGUUGUCAAGGAAGUUGAGACUCUUGUGCAUUUUACUCCCAAGUUGUAUGCAUGGCAUUGAAUUCUUCGUUCCCACAUUUGCUUCCCAUGUUGCUUUAUCUUUCAUAGCUUGUUCCGCAUUCCCAGAUGUAGAAGGCAGCAAGAAAGUUUUGUGUUUCGGCAUUUGAAAAUUUAUGCAUUUUAUGCCAAUUUGCAUUUCUGUAAAAACAGGAAAUUGUCAUGAAGGUAGUAAUUUCUUCUGCAAACUGGAUGUUUUAACAGAGGCAGUUGCGUCGUAACAUUGAUAUGGAGAAUUCUGGUGCAUUUCCAACUGGGCAGCUUGUACGUUUUGAAUGCCCUCCCUUUGUAAGUUAUCUUAGGUGACUGAGCGAAAGCUGCCAUGUCUGGUGACAUUCAUCUCAGAAUUUAUUUUUAAUAGCCAGCCGAUGAAAACGCAUAUGGCAAUUGAGAAAUCCGUACCUGAAUCUGUAAGCUUUAUUGAAUAACUAGCUGUAUACCAUUUCUUGUGUACAAGCCACCCAGCCUUGUUGCUGCUUUCUGGCCAAAUAAAUGCUCAGCUUAAAAGAACAUGAUGCUCUGUGCUGUAAUCCGAUUCUCAAUUAGUUAAUAGAAAGUCCAGUGGUCAGUUUUUAAUUAAUUGUGUGUGCUUUAGAAGAAAAUGCUUGUUUAUUUGAUUGAUUUGGUGAAAAUCACUGGUUGAAUGUGCGAAAUGCAAAAUUUGGUAAAAACUCAACAGACCAUCUAGCCAUGGAUUCUCGCCUGCAGACCAAUGGAUCCAGAGAGAACCCCCCCCCCCCCCCCCCCCCCCCACCCCUCUUGCCUCAGAGACAUGCUAAUGCGUUGACUAUAUUGCACAUGCAAUUUUUAUUUGUGACCUCCUUUUCGUGUAUCCAUAUUUUUCACCAAGAAACCUGGUGUUCACCACUACUCAAACAGAAACAAAAGAUAAUUUCUCUGCCAGCAUGAUUCAAACCACUGUCCUUACGGCUUGCCCUUCUGCACAGAAAAUUUCCUGAAAUUUUCACUGUGAAGUAAAAAAUGCAAGAGAACUGUUUUCUGGAAACAUUAAAAACAUCUGAAAAGUACUGUAGAACAUUAUUAGAUAGCUUAACAAAACCUAAAAACUAUGGUCCUUGCUUUAAGAAACGGCGCGAAUAACUAGGCACGGGACACAGCGACUGUGUUGUGUGCCUAUUUUCUGUGUCCCGUUAUUCAAGCUGUUUGCUAAAGAAUGUGUUCGUACCAACAAACCCGACUAGCCACUACUCUGAAUGGUCCUUGGAAAGAGACGUUUCCAUUGAUUAUGGCAAGACUUUCAAUAUUUUGAUCUUCUAACCAUGAAACCUAUGUUUGGAAGAGAGGCUUGAAGGCUGCGUUGAGGCUUGCUGUACCAAGUUUCUUGAAGCAGGUUGUGCAAAUGCAGUGAAUGUUACUGUGUCGUCGGUUUCAAAUGUGGGUUUACUAUGGGGAUGACCAAAUUGAAUGUCUGGGCGAGCUUGUUUGUGUUGAAUGACAGUGUUCUGCUUGCAGUUGCGCAUUGCAAGAUGUUGAAAGUGUCCGUAUGAGGUCAAAGUCUGUAGUAAAUAAAUAACUUCUGCACAAUCAUAUUUAAAUAUUCA